AUCUCAUCUGUGUGAUUUUUCAAAAUGAUUCAAAAAUAUUCUUGCUUAUUUUUAGUGUUUGUUCCAAUUUCCGUGAUUUCGGCCCACCACCACCGACUAAUUUAUUACUGUCGCCCCCCUUACGUCUGCACGGAACUCUCUCGCUGCCGAUCCCCCAACGACUUGCUUUUUUUCCAGAAAAACUACUGCGGUUUUGGUGCCAACGAAGCCAAAAUUUGCUGCCCGAUGCUGACAGAGACAACUACAAGCAGCUCCCGCAUUAUCAGAAAAAACGACGACGUAGUCGGCCACAAAAAUUUUCGACUUCUGCCUUUCGAUAAGUGUGGUGUUGUUUCUAGUCGGUUGAGGAUUACUGCAGGGGUCAGUUGUAGUCUGGGGGAAUUUCCUUGGAUGGCCUUGAUAGCGUACAAAACAGGAAAUUCCACGACCCAACAGGACUUCAAAUGUGGCGGAACAUUAAUCACCGACCAAUACGUCCUGACAGCUGCACACUGCAUCGACAACCAAACAAUCUUAGGAGCCCGUUUGGGCGAAUACAACAUAAACACAGAGCGAGAUUGUGACCCGAAUGGCCAACAUUGCCAACCUCCUGUGCAAGAUUUAUUAACUGACAAAACCAUCAUUCAUCCAUUUUACGACCCAUCGAGUUUUAUUAAUGAUAUAGCUUUAGUCAGACUAGCGACACCAGCGAGUUUUAGUGACAACGUCAGCCCUAUUUGUCUCCCAGUCGGUGAACUUCUAGAUGUGGAUCUGGUUGGACGGGAGUUGACAGUGGCAGGAUGGGGAACCACCGAAGACGGUAAUACGACUGCCACCCUUCGCAAGGUUUCCGUCCCGGUGGUACCCACCCCCACGUGCCGCCGCUUGUACCGCGGUCUCAAACCCAUCUCCCGGAAACAGAUUUGCGCAGGGGCCGACCAUGGCAAAGACUCGUGCGCCGGGGACAGCGGAGGCCCCCUCAAACGCGUCGAUUCCAUCGACGGUACGCCACGGUACGUCCAGUACGGGAUAGUGUCCUUCGGGCCGUCGAAGUGCGGUCUGAGUAGGCGACCAGGAAUCUACACCAACGUCCAGAAAUACAUGGAGUGGAUCUUAGACAACCUAGAUGACGUUGAGAGACUGCAACAUUUAAAAGACUACAAGGACGGUUUCCAAUCAGUGGUUCGCAAGUACUCGCUCGAAAUGGGCUGCAGACUGAGUUUGAGGUUCGGCGUUUUCGUGGUUGUUUGUGCCUGGCUUGUGGCUGCGCAAUGGGUGCCCGCAGAGGAGUUCUGCAGGACGCCCGACCGGGAAUUGGGCGACUGCAUCGUGGUCAGCGACUGCAAGCCCAUGAUGGACGUGCUGGACGCGGUGUCGCAGCCCAUCCCCCCGAAAAUCAUCCAACUCCUGAAGGCGUACCAGUGCGGGUUUAGCGGCAAGAACCCCAAGGUGUGCUGCCCGUCCAAGCCCAUCAUCGUGGAGGGGGUGAACACGGCAGAGGCGGCACUGCCGCCGGACGUUUCGAAUCACAGGAACCUGGGGCUGAUCCCGCGGGAGUGCGGCGACAUGGACACCGGGGAUAAGAUCAUUCACGGGAAUAAGACGGUGUUGUUCGAGUUUCCGUGGAUGGCGCUGCUGUCGUAUAGGACCAAUCGUGGUCCGGACUUCCGCUGCGGCGCCUCAAUAAUCAACGAAAGGUACAUCCUCACCGCCGCCCACUGCAUCACCAACCUGAAGAACCCACUAAUAGGUGUCCGCGUCGGAGAACACAACAUCCAAACCCCAGUCGACUGCGAAGUCUCCAGAGAGGGAGUCCGCACUUGCUCUCCUCCUCACCAGGACCUCGCCAUCGAAGACAUCAUCCCGCACCCGGACUACAACACCAAACUCUACACCAACGACAUCGGUUUACUCCGAGUCAGCCAAAUGGACUUCUCCCAAGAUAACAUCAAGCCCAUCUGUUUACCUCUAGAAAAAGCCCGGACUUACAACUUCACCAACCGCAACUGCGUGGUCACCGGCUGGGGGGUCACGGAGAAGGGGCGCCCCAGUCCCGAGCUCCUCAAGGUCCAGAUUCCCACCAUGAGUAACGAGGAGUGCAGCAAUAUUUACAAGAACGUUACCACUAUUAAUCACCGGCAGUUGUGCGCUGGGGGCAAAACUAGGAGUGAUUCGUGUGCGGGGGACAGUGGAGGCCCGCUCCAAGCACCGGCUAACAUUUUCCGCAACGUUCGCUUGGUCCAGCAGGGGGUAGUGUCCUUCGGACCUAGGGACUGCGGGAGGGAGGGGCUGCCGGGGGUGUACACGAGGGUGGCGUAUUACAUGGACUGGAUUUUGGACAAUAUGAGGGCGUGAGAGGUGAAGACUGUACUUACAAUGACUAGACUGCCGAUAGAUGACGCGAUUUUGCUAAGUGAAGAUGGAAAAUAAUUUAAGUUAGGUUAUGUUGUGCUUAUUUAUAUGUGUUUUGUACACCGAGAAAUAGAUUUUUUUAUUAA